UCCCCCUGUUGUGUGUUUUUAUUAUUUUCCCUCUGGCUUAGAUGUGUCAAUCAUUCUCUCCCUGCCAUUGGUUGGAGAGUUUGCGUCAAAAAGUUGCCAGAGAGGCGCUUUCUCAGCAAAUCUCCCUGAGAGCGGAACCUUCCUCAGCUCCAACUCAGUCUCCACUGCUAUUAAAAAUAAAAGUCGCUAGAGCAGCUCUCACUCUCCACGUCUACUUUGAUAGCUGACUAUUUGGAAUUUUGAAGGAUAAUUGGUUUUUUUUCUUUUCUAACCUCCAAUGCGGCUGUAAGUUCCACCACUCCAAACCCAUCCACCAAGGACCCUGAACCUGUCCACUCCAGGCGAAUCGAGACCGUCCGGCUGGGUCCCCCCAAUUUGGGCUGACUUUGCGCCUCCAAACAACCUUAGCAUGAUGUCUUAUCUCAAGCAACCGCCUUACGCAGUCAAUGGGCUGAGUCUGACCACUUCGGGUAUGGACUUGCUGCACCCCUCCGUGGGCUACCCGGCCACCCCCCGGAAGCAGCGGCGAGAGAGGACCACAUUCACCAGGGCACAACUAGAUGUGCUGGAAGCUCUGUUUGCCAAGACCCGAUACCCAGACAUCUUCAUGCGUGAGGAGGUGGCACUGAAAAUCAACUUGCCUGAGUCCAGGGUGCAGGUAUGGUUUAAGAAUCGAAGAGCUAAGUGCCGCCAACAACAGCAGCAGCAACAGAAUGGAGGUCAAAACAAAGUAAGACCUGCCAAAAAGAAGACCUCUCCAGCCCGGGAAGUGAGUUCAGAGAGUGGAACAAGUGGCCAGUUCACUCCCCCCUCUAGCACCUCAGUCCCGACCAUUGCCAGCAGCAGUGCUCCAGUGUCUAUCUGGAGCCCAGCUUCCAUCUCCCCACUGUCAGACCCCUUGUCCACCUCCUCCUCCUGCAUGCAGAGGUCUUAUCCCAUGACCUAUACUCAGGCUUCAGGUUAUAGUCAAGGAUAUGCUGGCUCAACUUCCUACUUUGGGGGCAUGGACUGUGGAUCUUAUUUGACCCCUAUGCAUCACCAGCUUCCUGGACCAGGGGCCGCUCUCAGUCCCAUGGGUACCAAUGCAGUUACCAGCCAUCUCAAUCAGUCCCCAGCUUCUCUUUCCACCCAGGGAUAUGGAGCUUCAAGCUUGGGUUUUAACUCAACCACUGAUUGCUUGGAUUAUAAGGACCAAACUGCCUCCUGGAAGCUUAACUUCAAUGCUGACUGCUUGGAUUAUAAAGAUCAGACAUCCUCAUGGAAAUUCCAGGUUUUGUGAAGACCUGUAGAACCUCUUUUGUGGGUGAUUUUUAAAUAUGCUGGGCUGGACAUUCCAGUUUUAGCCAGGCAUUGGUUAAAAGAGUUAGAUGGGAUGAUGCUCAGACUCCUCUGAUCACAGCUCCGAGAGGCAUAGAAGGAAAAAUGAAGGGCCUUAGAGGGGCCUAUCAACCAGCACCUGAAAUGGACAAAACAAUCUACUUAAGAUUCUGUCAUAGUUUUAGAUCAUUGGUUUUUCUGAUUUGCAAAGUGAUUGAUAAAAUAUAUUCUAGCCAUGUGCAACCAAACUCUAUUCAAAAUAAAAAUCAAACAAAACUAAGUCAUGAGGGAGGGGAGGAAGGUCAUAGCCCUCAAAAGCAGAGGUGAUCCAAUGUUCUAGCCAAUCCUUGGUUGAAUCUUAGGAAUGAACAGUGUCUCAAGCUCAUUCACGUUUCAUGACCAACUGGUAGUUGGCACUGAAAAACUUUUCAGGGCUGUGUGAAUUGUGCGGCUGAUUGUCCUAGAUGCACUACUUUAUUUAAAAAAAAAAUGUUCAUAAGGAGUCAAUAUGUAGUUUAAGAGACAAUCAGUGUGUGUCUUACAUAAAUGGUACAUCUGUGGUUUUUAAUCUGUGCUAGACUUCAAAACUGUGAUCUCCUGUUAUUGUAUGCAACCUUGAACUCCACCUCUGCAGGGGUUCUUAUGUGAUUAAAUAGGUUAUAAUUACAAGCAAAAUUCAGAGCAACUGAAUAUUGAUCUAGAAAGAUUACCUUUGGCUGGAGGUGAGCUGCACUGAAACUUAACGGCAAGAUGUCUCCGGACAAGGAGAGAGAAGAGGCAAAAAGGACCUAAUUCACCUGUAAUUUACUGUUGGUAAGCCUGCAGUAAAGAGACAUUGGUCAAUUGCUCUGACCCUGAUGGAUUUUAAACUGAGAUCUUUGUCGUUUAUGCUUGCAGAUGUUAACUGGAAGUUAUAUAUGCAUAAACCUUCUCCGAUUUGGCAGAUAUGUAUAAUUAUAUUAAAAUGGUUCUAGCACAAUGUUGGGUCUAGUUUAAUUUUACACUACUAUUUAUGAAUGAAAAGUCUAUGUUCAGCCUCACCUUCCCCAAAAGGUUUUUAGUUGGGCAGAGAGGAAACUAGGAAUUUUACUCCUUUUGCCUUUACUUUUUCCUUUUGCUAAGAUGUGAAUGAACUAGACAUGAAUGACAGUGGUUUGUAAACUUGGGUGACUUCCAUCAGGAUGCUCCAAAAUUGAAGUUACACCUCCUACUUAGUUAUUAGCCUCUUCUUUCCUUCCCUGCUACAAGCUUGAAUUAUUUCUUAGGCACUUUAUUAGUAUUUUUUUUUUUUUUUUUAGAUAGACCAAUUUUUUAAGAGGGCAGGGAAAAAAUGGAGUGUCUCAGAAAAUAAAAAUGGCAAGAAUUUGUCUCUAUUCUCUUAGGGGAUUUUUAACUUAAAAAAAAAAAGGCUGAGGUAAACAUGAGAGGGAGUGUAAUCAGAAUCUGAAAGCAAUUCAGGCAGAAAUGAUUUCUGAACAAAAGAGUUUCAGAAAACUUUAAAAACCUAUAAUUUCAGUAGCUGAACAUAAGGCAUCCUGGUCAGUAUUUUUUUAAGUGCUGAGGUUAAAAAACUCGGGGUUCCUUUUCAGUUGUACCAGUCACCAGAAAAGAAAAAAAUGGUCAAUGAUCAUGGUGCUCCUCGGGUAAAAGCAAUAUUUAAUUUCACCUUAAACUACUUAUGUUCUUAAAUUUGACCAAAAUUCACUGACUUUUGAUUGUAACUCUUUAAAUGAAGGUUAGCAGUUGCAACCA